AUUGUGCGUGCGCAACAUGUCAGGAAUGUCUUUUUACAGGGUGCUCACAUUUUCAAAUUUUUUAGCAAUAUUUCGUAUUUUAUAAGAAUAUUAACAACGAAUCAAGUUGAAGAAGCUAUUAACGUAAAAAAUGGAAGCAACGUCAAUUUUUAAAAAUGAAAUAUACGAUAUUAAUACAAGGUAUUUUAUUAGAUCUGACAAAUACAAAAGAACCAUGGUUUUAAAGUUAGGUGUAACGGUUUUGUUAUUGUGAUGAGUUGGAACCAAUGUGUGAUAAUUAAAUGGAAAACUAAAUCAAUAAAUUCAUUUUAUUUUGAUCCGUUUUCGUACAUUAUUUUUAAGUAAUAAUUACAACCAGUGUAAUUAAACUCCUUUGUACAAUGGCAAUAUUAAAGAACAUAAAGAAAAUUCAACUGAUCUAUUUACGAUCUUAUACAUCUAAAAUAAAAUUAAAUGAUGUAGUUAUAGUUAGUGCAGUUAGAACACCUAUGGGAUCAUUUCGGGGAAGUCUGUCAAAUAUAAGUGCACCGCAACUUGGAGCUAUUGCUAUACAAACAGCAAUUGAACGUGCUGGACUUUCUAAAGAACAAGUAACAGAAGUAUAUAUGGGAAAUGUUUGUCAAGCAUCUAUAGGUCAAGCACCGGCCAGGCAAGCUGCAUUAUUUGCAGGUUUUAAUUUUAAAAUAAAUUUUUAUUCAUUUUGCUUUCUUAUUAUUAUUAAUGUAUAUAAUGUCAAUAUCAAUAUAACAGGUCUUCCUAAAACUACAAUAUGCACAACAGUUAAUAAAGUUUGUGCAAGUGGUAUGAAAAGUAUUAUGCUUGCUUCUCAGUCAUUACAAUGUGGACAUCAAGACAUUAUUCUUGCUGGUGGUAUGGAAUCAAUGUCCAAUGUACCAUUUUAUCUUGCAAGAGGAGAAACUAAAUAUGGUGGCAUGAAACUUGAAGAUGGUAUCGUACUUGAUGCUUUAACCGAUGUUUACAAUAAAUUUCAUAUGGGCAAUUGUGCAGAAAAUACUGCUAAGAAAUUAAAUAUUACUCGUGAAGAACAAGAUGAAUAUGCCAUCAGCAGUUAUAAACGCAGUGCAGCAGCAUAUGCAAAUAAAAUAUUUUUGGACGAAAUUACUCCAGUUAAUGUACCACAAAGAAAAGGCAAACCUGAUAUUAUAUUUUCAGAAGAUGAGGAGUACAAAAAGGCUGAUUUUACUAAGUUUUCAAAAUUAAAUACAGUUUUCCAGAAAGACAACGGUACCGUAACCGCAGGAAAUGCAUCAACUCUUAAUGACGGUGCAGCUGCAUUAGUAUUAACUACUACCGAGGUCGCUCAAAAGAUGAAUCUCAAACCUUUAGCACAAGUUGUUGCAUUCCAGGAUGCUGCAACUGAUCCUAUUGAUUUUCCUAUUGCACCAACAUUUUCAAUCUCCAAAUUAUUAGAAAACGCGGGUGUCAGUAAAGAUGACAUAGCACUUUGGGAAAUUAAUGAAGCAUUCAGUGCUGUUGCAAUUGCUAAUCAAAAAUUACUUGAUCUUGAUCCCAAUAAAGUAAACAUUCACGGUGGCGCUGUAUCUCUUGGUCAUCCUAUUGGCAUGUCCGGAGCUCGUAUCGUGGGGCAUUUAGUACAUGCUUUAAAGGCUGGACAAAAGGGUGUUGCAUCAAUUUGUAAUGGAGGCGGUGGUGCCUCUUCAAUAUUAAUAAAAAAACUGUGUCAUCCAAUAUCUUCUCCACCCUUAUUAACAUUGUACACGAAAAAGCCGUGUCCACUUUGCGACGUUUUAAAAGACGAAUUGCGAACAAAUUAUUCUGGUCGAUAUCAUUUGCAAGAAGUUGAUAUUACAAUGCCAGGAAACGAACGAUUUCUUAAACUCUACAAGUAUGAAAUUCCAGUUCUGUUCUUGGAGGGUCAAUUUCUUUGCAAACACCGUUUAAACUCAGAACUUUUAGAAAGAAGAUUGAAAGACUUAACGUCGCAAGUUAAUAGCGUUAACGAAUAAAUAUAAAUUACUGAAUCUAAACAAUCGAAAUCUGGUUACACUUGAAACAAAUUCAGCGCGCCAGUAAUGAUCGUACGCGUACAGUAUACAUGCAUAUAUAUGUUUAUGAAAUUUAUUUUUUAUUCUCAAUGGCGUUAAUUAAUUCAGUAAUUUAUUUCCCAUUAAAAUGAUCAUAUCGUACGCAGCGUGACAACUAACAGUAUGGAACUCAUUAUUUUUUACCGUUUCUCAUUAAGCGAAUAGAAAUAAAUGAAACAUUUAUAUAUCCAUUAAAUGGAUCACGAAGAAAUGUAUUUUAGUUGGCGA